CUUUUUUUUAACCGCUUCGACAAGCAGCCUCUAGACGAAAGGGGCCAAGGAAAAGAUGUCGACUGCAUGGCAGCGAGUGUUGCGAGCGAUCGUUGUAGCCUCCAUUAUAAGCAUCAUACUCAUCUACUCGGCUCAACAGUUUGGCCCUGUGCCUGUCCACACACCAAUACGUGAUCGCCCAGAUGAUCAGCAUAAACCCUUCCAGCCGCCGGUGCCUAAGCCUGAUCAAGAGCCUCCAUCAUUGAUCUCACACGCACCACCGGUCGUACCAACGCUGGCAUCGUCUUCGACAGGUGCACUAGGGACAAGACCUCCCAGCACAACAACUUCCGCAGCAAUAACGACACCGUCGUCACACUCUGGAGAUACCAACGGAACAAUCCUUGGGGUUCCUAGCAAGAUAUGGCAAACAGCCAAACAUGCGAACCUUAGCAGCGAGUACACCGACAUGAGCAAUACAUGGAUAGUGAAGAACCCUUCUUUCCGCCAUGAGCUGCUCACCGAUGAGUCGAGUGAUGACUAUGUACGCAGCCGUUACCCUGGCUCGGACACCGUAGCUCUUUAUACCAGGCUCAAAAUUCCCAUCCUCCGAGCCGAUCUGCUACGUUAUCUUAUCUUGUUGGCUGAAGGCGGCAUCUGGGCUGACCUGGAUACCACAUGUGAGGAGCCAGUAAGCAACUGGCUUUCAAAAGAGAUAUCCAGCACGAACAGCACCAUUAAGGCCGGCCUAGUUGUUGGGCUCGAACCCGAUGCCGACCAUGGCGGUAAAAAAGUCCUGACCAACGCGGUUUUGGCAGCGCAGCCCGGUUCCAAGCAUAUCAAGGCCGUCGUGGAUGAUGUCGUGCAUCAACUCCUUGAAAUUGCAAAGCAAAGGGGAGUUGGCCCUGAAGGUAUCACACUCGAGAUGAUCAAUGAUGUCGUCGAGGUUACGGGGAGGAAGAAGAUGACCGCAAAGAUCAUCGAGUCUCUUUCUAAGACGCUGAACAAGGAGAUCAAGGAGAGUGAUCUCGUUAAGAACGGCGGCAACGAGCCGCAGUGUCUUGACGACGUGAUAAUACUUCCCAUCCCCGCAUUCGCCUCGUAUAGCAACAACCCAACGGCCCAGGGCCGAGUGCUUGUGACGCACCACCACGCAGGCACAUGGAAGAGCGCUGCCGAAGAUGCUAGGAAGAAUCGCGAGAAGCAGCUUCAGGAGGAGGCAGACAGGCUGAAGAAGGCAGCCGACGAAGCGGAGAGGAAGCAGAAGGAGGAAGUCGAGGAACAUAAAAAAGAGGAAGACUCUACGAAGAAGGCAAAGGAGGAUGUGGAGAAACACCGUAAGGAGCAGGAGGCUAAGGAAGAAGCCCAGAGAAAGGCUAACGACAAGCAGCAACUGAAGUAGUGCUGCGGACACCACAGCCAAUAAGAUAUUCAGCCAGAGCUUGUACGUACCCUUGCACAGAAUCUAACUACUUCCCUUACCACCGCGUACCUCUCCCUCUUCCCCUGCCUCUUCCAUGUUUUCUAGUAGGACUUGGGGUAGCGUCAGAGCUAAACCUUAGGGUUCAGGAGGAAUCAAGGGACUGAAGGUAUUGCGAGAAAAGAAGUCAAGGACAUGAGUCUGCUCGUCACGUAUGCUGCUGCCCUCCCUUCUCUCCUGACAACCAAGAAUCCAGAGGAGCGAGAAGCCCCCUGAAAGCUGGUUGAGCGUGUUCGAUAUCCACACGCAGGGAUGAGCAUAACCAGGCAUAAAUCAUCCCCCUCGGUAUGACGGAGCGCUGGCAUCGAGACCACUACUGCCCCAUUGUCCUGCCCCUGUACCACCAUGGAUAACGGAACCCGGCACAUCUGCAGGUUUCACAGUUGCCUGCCACUCUGCCACUGCUCAGUGUAAAUACAUUUUUCACUCUGAACACACUAUCCAUCCCAUCACCUACCGCGGUUCAGUGUUAUGAUUUUUCUCAUCUUAUCAGUUCAUCUUAUCUCUCUCACAUGACUGCUGACUCAUCUGACUGAAACAUCCGUAAAGUAAACAAACUUCCGUAAGUAGAAAAAAAGAAAAAACGACAUCCAGAAUGUGAGCAAAAGUGACGGCGAGGAAGAAGAAACAAAAAGUGGAGGGAGCAAAACAAAUAGAUCCAUCCAACUUAAGGGCUAGUCUCGCAGCAGAACGUCUGCCAUGACUUGACUCUCAUUUCCCUCUCUCUUCUUCCUCUCAACCCUUUCUCCAGAAGGUUGCCGUUUCGCCCCCCUUUUUUUUUUCAC